GGAAGCUCACUGAGUGCUGCUGUGUGCAUGCCUGUGCCAUGCAGAUGUGACCAAUAAAGCAUCCUGAUCAGAACAGGGUGUAACGUUGGUGACUGAAAUGGUGCUGGGCCUGGCUUGUCCCUGGAUACACCGGCUAUGUCAGAGGCAGGGAAAAUGAGGCAGAGGGACAGGAAGUGAGUUGUCCAAGGCCUUACAAUGAGUCGAUGGCACAGCCAGGACUAGAACCCAGGAGUCCUGAUUCCCAUCCCAGGCCCCUAUGCUGAGUGCACAGCUGUAAAGAGCCGUAUAGAAGAUGCACAGAGCCAAGGUAUGAAUUUUCCAUGGGAUCCAGAGGUCUCGGUGCUCCCUGUAGGAAAGUAACUAGGACCAACUGAGACUGUGAAGACACGAAAACAGUAUCCGAGCUGACUGCUUCUCAGUGGGCUGACCAGGCUGCCAGUGUCCACGAUGCCCUGAAUGUGGAGCCUAGCAGAAGCAGAGGAGACCUUGGCCCUGUAAUACCCCCUCCCCUUUCCCCACCCCUCUAUUUUGGGUUGGCUUCUAUUUAUUUUGUUGCUGGGUUUGUGCACGGCCCUGGUCGGAUGUGACACUGCUGCAAUGUGGCUCCUUCGGCUCAAGCAUCACUUGUCCGUUAACAUCUGGACCCUGCUGCUUCUGGGGAGCGCCUGGCUACCACUGGCAGAGGGCACCCCCAAAUCCCCCUUUAGGACUUUCUCGGUCACAGACUGGAGCUUGACACACCUGGUGGUCCACAACAAAACUGGGGAGGUCUACGUGGGCGCUGUCAACCGGAUCUACAAGCUCUCCAACAACCUGACGCUGUUGCGUGCCCAUGUGACUGGGCCGGUGGAUGAUAACGAGAAGUGCUAUCCGCCCCCCAGCGUUCAGUCCUGCCCCCAUGGGCUGGUCACCACCAACAAUGUCAACAAGUUGCUGCUGGUGGACUACUCAGGGAACCGGCUGAUCGCCUGUGGUAGUGCCUCCCAGGGCAUCUGCCAGUUCCUACGCUUGGACGACCUCUUCAAGCUGGGGGAACCCCACCACCGCAAGGAGCACUACCUCUCCAGUGUCAACGAGUCAGGCACCAUGUCGGGUGUCAUCAUUGAGGUGCUUAACGGACAAAACAAGCUCUUCAUUGGGACGCCGAUUGAUGGGAAGUCCGAGUACUUCCCCACCCUCUCCAGCCGCAAGCUGAUGACCAACGAGGAGAAUGCGGAGAUGUUUGGCUUCGUCUACCAGGACGAGUUUGUCUCCUCCCAACUCAAGAUCCCCUCAGACACGCUAUCCAAGUUCCCCACGUUUGACAUUUACUACAUCUAUAGCUUCAGCAGCGAGCAGUUCGUCUACUACCUGACCUUGCAGCUGGACACCCAGCUCACCUCGCCUGACUCCACAGGGGAGCAGUUCUUCACCUCCAAAAUUGUCCGCCUCUGUGUGGACGACCCCAAGUUCUACUCCUACGUGGAGUUCCCCAUCGGCUGCGUGCGGGAUGGCGUCGAGUACCGCCUGAUACAGGACGCGUACCUCAGCAAGCCCGGCAAGGUGCUUGCCAAGCAGCUGAGCAUCUCGGAGCAGGAAGACAUCCUCUUCACUGUUUUCUCCCAGGGCCAGAAGAACAGGGUCAAGCCACCCAAGGAGUCCGUCCUCUGCCUCUUCACUCUGAAAAAGAUAAAAGACAAAAUCAAGGAGCGCAUCCAGUCUUGUUACCGAGGGGAGGGAAAGCUGUCACUGCCCUGGCUAUUGAACAAGGAAUUGGGUUGCAUCAACUCGCCUCUGCAGAUUGACGACUAUUUCUGUGGCCAGGAUUUUAACCAGCCGCUGGGCGGGACGGUGACCAUCGAGGGGACAGCGCUCUUUGUGGAUAAGGAGGAUGGCAUGACCUCGGUGGCUGCCUAUGACUACCGGGGACACACGGUGGUCUUCACCGGCACGCGGAGUGGCAGGAUCAAAAAGAUCCUGGUGGACUUGUCCAGUCCCAGCGGGCGUCCGGCGCUGCAGUAUGAGAAUGUCGUGGCCCACGAGGGCAGCUCCAUCCUGCGAGACCUGGUGCUCAGCCCCGACCGCCAGCACAUCUACGCCAUGACUGAGAAACAGGUGACACGAGUGCCCGUGGAGAGCUGUGAACAAUACAAGAGCUGUGCGCUGUGCCUGGGCUCCAAGGACCCCCACUGCGGCUGGUGUGUCCUUCAUAACGUCUGCUCGCGGAAGGACCGAUGUGAGCGGGCUGAUGAACCUCAGCGCUUUGCCUCAGACCUGCGCCAGUGCGUCCAGCUCACCGUCCAGCCCAAGAACAUAUCGGUCACCAUGUCUGAGGUCUCGCUGGUUCUGCAGGCCUGGAAUGUCCCCGAUCUCUCUGCUGGGGUAAACUGCUCCUUUGAAGAUUUCACGGAGUCUGAGAGCCGCAUUGAAGACGGGAGGAUCUACUGUAGCUCUCCAUCUGCAAAGGAUGUGAUCCCCAUCACCAGGGGCAGGGGCGACAAGCGGGUGGUGAAGCUCUACUUGAAGUCCAAGGAGACUGGGAAGAAGUUUGCUGCUGUGGAUUUCAUUUUCUACAACUGCAGCGUCCAUCAGUCCUGCCUGUCCUGUGUGAAUGGCUCCUUCCCAUGCCACUGGUGUAAAUAUCGGCACAUCUGCACCCACAAUGCUGCUGACUGCUCCUUCCAGGAGGGGCGUGUCAACAUGUCUGAGGACUGCCCACAGAUUCUGCCCUCCACCCAGAUCUACAUCCCUGUGGGCGUGGUGAAGCCCAUCACUCUGACAGCCAAGAACCUGCCACAGCCACAGUCCGGCCAGCGCAACUACGAAUGCAUCUUCCACAUCCCCGGCAGCGCCACCCGCGUCACAGCUCUGCGCUUCAACAGCACCAGCAUCCAGUGCCAGAACACCUCGUAUUUCUACGAAGGGAAUGACAUCAGCGACCUGCCCGUGAACCUGUCCGUGGUGUGGAAUGGAAACUUUGUCAUCGACAACCCCCAGAACAUCCAGGCUCACCUGUACAAGUGCUCGGCCCUGCGCGAAAGCUGUGGCCUCUGCCUCAAGGCAGAUCCGCGCUUCGAGUGUGGCUGGUGCGUGACGGAGAAGAGGUGCACCCUGCGGCAGCACUGCCCGGCCUACGAGAGCAGCUGGAUGCACGCCAGCAACGGCAACAGCCGCUGUACAGACCCCAAGAUCAUCAAGCUGUCGCCGGAGACGGGCCCCAGGCAGGGAGGGACCCGUCUGACCAUCACUGGGGAGAACCUGGGCCUGAAGUUUGAGGAUGUGCGCACGGGAGUGCGGGUCGGCAAAGUGAUGUGCAUCCCCAUCGAGAGCGAGUACAUCAGCGCGGAGCAAAUUGUGUGUGAGAUCGGAGACGCCAGCUCAGGCCGAGCCCACGAUGCCCGUGUGGAGGUGUGCAUCAGGGACUGCUCCCCCAGCUACAGGGCCACAUCCCCCAAAAGCUUCACGUUUGUGACACCCACUUUCUACCGCGUGACUCCGGCUCGGGGUCCCCUCUCUGGGGGCACCUGGAUUAGCAUUGAGGGCAACCACCUCAACGCAGGCAGUGAUGUCACAGUGACCAUCGGGGGACGACCUUGUGUCUUUUCAUGGAGAAACGCUCGGGAGAUCCGGUGCCGGACGCCACCAGGCCAGAGCCCUGGCGGGUCACCCAUCCUCAUCAACAUCAACCGGGCCGAGCUGAGUAACCCCGAGGUCAAGUACAAUUACACAGAGGACCCCACCAUCCAGAAGAUAGACCCAGAGUGGAGCAUCAACAGCGGUGGGACGUUGCUGACUGUGAUAGGCACCAACCUGGCCACCAUCAAAGAGCCCAGGAUCCGUGCCAAGUACGGCAGCGCUGAGAGGGAGAACAACUGUACUGUCUACAACGACACCACCAUGCUGUGCUACGCUCCAUCCAUCGACAACCCAUCCCGGAGCCCCCCAGAGAUCGGUGACCGCCCAGAUGAGAUUGGCUUUGUCAUGGAUAAUGUCCAGGCGCUGCUGAUUGUUAAUACCACCAGCUUCGUCUAUUAUCCGGACCCCAUCUUCGAGCCCCUCAGCCCCUCUGGCAUGCUGGAGCUCAAGCCCAGCUCUCCCCUUAUCCUCAAGGGCCGGAACCUGCUCCCGCCGGCUGCUGGUAACUCCCGGCUGAACUACACAGUGCUGAUUGGUGACACUCCCUGCGCCCUGACGGUCUCCGAGACCCAGCUCUUGUGCGAGUCGCCAAACCUCACAGGACAGCACAAAGUCACGAUCAAGGCUGGAGGGUUUGAGUUCUCCCCGGGGACGCUGCAGAUCUACUCAGACAGCCUCCUGACGCUGCCUGCUAUCAUCGGGAUCGGCGGCGGAGGCGGCCUCCUCCUGCUCAUCAUCAUCAUCGUCCUCAUCGCCUACAAGCGCAAGUCCCGGGACGCCGACCGCACCCUGAAACGCCUGCAGCUGCAGAUGGACAACCUGGAGUCCCGCGUGGCCUUGGAGUGCAAAGAGGCCUUUGCCGAACUGCAGACAGACAUCCACGAGCUGACGAACGACUUAGACGGGGCUGGCAUUCCCUUCCUGGACUAUCGCACCUAUGCCAUGAGGGUCCUCUUCCCCGGGAUAGAAGACCAUCCUGUGCUGAAGGAGAUGGAGGUCCAGGCGAAUGUGGAGAAGUCCUUGAGCCUCUUUGGGCAGCUCUUGAACAAGAAGCAUUUCUUGCUGACCUUCAUCCGCACCUUGGAGGCGCAACGCAGCUUCUCCAUGCGGGACCGGGGCAACGUGGCUUCCCUGAUCAUGACAGCGCUGCAGGGGGAGAUGGAGUAUGCCACAGGCGUGCUGAAGCAGCUCCUCUCAGACCUGAUCGAGAAGAACCUGGAGAGUAAGAACCAUCCCAAGCUGCUCUUGCGGAGGACGGAGUCUGUGGCUGAGAAGAUGCUGACGAAUUGGUUCACGUUCCUCCUGUACAAGUUUUUAAAGGAGUGUGCUGGAGAGCCUCUCUUUAUGCUGUACUGUGCCAUCAAACAGCAGAUGGAAAAGGGACCCAUUGACGCCAUCACCGGAGAGGCCCGCUACUCGCUGAGCGAAGACAAGCUGAUCCGGCAGCAGAUUGACUACAAAAUGCUGACGCUGAACUGCGUGAACCCUGAGAAUGAGAAUGCCCCCGAGAUUCCCGUCAAGGUUCUGAAUUGCGACACCAUCACACAGGUGAAGGAGAAGCUGCUAGAUGCCGUCUACAAGGGCGUGCCCUACUCCCAGAGACCCAAGGCAGGAGACAUGGACCUGGAGUGGCGGCAGGGCAGGAUGGCCCGAAUCAUUCUGCAGGAUGAAGACGUGACCACAAAGAUAGACAAUGACUGGAAAAGGCUCAACACCCUCGCUCACUACCAGGUCCGGUCGCCCACCGGGGUGACUGAUGGCUCCUCUGUGGCACUGGUGCCCAAGCAGAACUCGGCAUACAACAUCUCCAACUCUUCCACCUUCACCAAGUCACUCAGCAGAUACGAGAGCAUGCUCCGGACAGCCAGCAGCCCCGACAGUCUACGUUCACGGACCCCCAUGAUCACGCCCGACCUGGAGAGUGGUACCAAGCUUUGGCACCUAGUGAAGAAUCAUGACCACAUGGACCAGCGGGAGGGAGACCGGGGCAGCAAGAUGGUGUCCGAGAUCUAUCUGACCCGUCUGUUGGCCACCAAGGGCACCUUGCAGAAGUUCGUCGAUGACCUGUUUGAGACCAUCUUCAGCACGGCACACCGCGGGAGCGCCCUGCCCCUGGCCAUCAAGUACAUGUUCGACUUUCUGGACGAACAAGCCGACAAACAUCAGAUCAACGAUUAUGACGUCAGGCACACCUGGAAGAGUAACUGUCUACCUCUGCGUUUUUGGGUGAAUGUGAUUAAGAACCCCCAGUUUGUGUUUGACAUUCACAAGAACAGUAUUACUGAUGCUUGCCUAUCCGUGGUGGCUCAGACAUUCAUGGACUCCUGCUCAACUUCUGAGCACAAGCUAGGGAAAGACUCUCCCUCCAACAAACUACUGUAUGCCAAGGACAUCCCCAACUAUAAGAGCUGGGUAGAAAGAUAUUAUGCAGAUAUUGCUAAAAUGCCAGCAAUCAGUGACCAGGACAUGAGUGCAUACCUGGCGGAGCAGUCCCGGUUACACCUGAGCCAGUUCAACAGCAUGAGUGCGCUGCACGAGAUCUACUCAUACAUCACCAAGUACAAGGAUGAGAUUUUAGCUGCUUUAGAGAAGGAUGAACAGGCCCGAAGGCAACGGCUGAGGAGUAAACUGGAGCAGGCAAUUGACACAAUGGCCCUAAGCAGCUGAAAAGGCCGAGGCAGCCCGGACAGCUUUCCAGCAGUGGAUACCACAAGAGAGAGGCCAGCAAGCGGCAGCAGCAGAGUACUUUGGGUCCAGAGCCAAAUGGACACGCGGAGCCCGCCGCGUCUCGAAACUCUUAACACAAACGAACCAGGAAACCUACCACCGUAUCACACCCAAUCCAAUCAGACCUAUCCAGAGACCUUGCAAAAGGGACGGUGUGGGCAGGAGUGCAAAGGAGCCGAGAAGAACUGCAGGGAGCUUGCAGCGCACCCAGCACAGCUGCUUCGCCUGGGGACAUGUCCCCGAUCUGGUGAUGGAGGCUGGAGGGUCAGGACUGCACUAACUUCUAGGGCAACAUGUCUGAUGUUGUUAUUUUUAGCGCAGGGAGGGUGGGCGGGGCUUUUCUUUUUUCUGUACUUGACUCGCUCCCCCUUCCUCCCCACCUGCCUCCCAGCUCUCCGCCCAUAUCCCUUCUCUCGCUCUCUCUCUCUCUCUCUCUCUCCCCUCCCCACCCCAGCUCUCUGGCCUUCUGCCAUUAGUGUUAACUGCUAUAUUUGCACAAUUUACAAGAGAGAAACAAAAAAAUUUUUAAUUAAAACAAAGUAUAACACAAAGGGGGAGGGGAAGGGAGGUUCUAAAUUUUGCAACAAACAAACAAAAAAAAGGGGGGGUUAAAAAAAUCACUCAAAGGACCGAUUCUGGAAGGAGAAGGGUGGGGGUGGGCGGGGAGUGGGAGACAAGUCCCAUAACCUUGCGGUAGUUCAGAAAAUUUGUCCUGUGCCAUGUUUGAUUUGAAUGUUGUUUAGUGCAGAAAGCAAAACAGGAUGUUUUGUUAGCUGAAUCAGCUCUAAUUUACAUGCUGCUUAAGUGGUGUCCGAAGGUCACAAUCCAAGAGGAGGAAGAACAGAGAGGGGAGACGAUCUAAGGGGCCUUUUCCCAGGGAUCGGCCGAUGCUGUGAAUCGUGGCGGGGGAGUGGCGUGGCGUGGUGUCGACUUCAUCCUUGUUUUUAUUUGCAUGUUGCUAUUUCUGCGUGGGGCAGGACAAUGCAGAUGAAGGAGGAGAAUCGUUGAGCUCUUUAUAGCCAGAGCUUGUGCUCCAUCCUCUCUUGUGAAAGGGGAGUUUCCCGGCAGCAUUCCCUGGUGGCGGUCGGUGCUAUGAGGGGUGUCUGGGCCAUGGAGAAGCCCUCAGGGACCUUUCAGGCUGGGAAGCCGUUGAAAACAGACCUUUCAAAUGGGCAUCUCCAUGACUCCAAGUGCAGGUAGAUGACUGUAGUUGGGAGGUUGAUGUUCUGGAAGCUUGAGAGCUUGCGCUACGUCCAAGUGUAUUAGGAGCAAAGGGCUUUCAGAACCACACAGGGAUAGCAGGAAGGGAGUGUCAGCAUGGGGCUUUGGCAUCCUGCCCGGCUUUGCCUCCCUUCCUUCUGACGCCCCCCAACGGCCUGAGGUGCUGAGCAUCUCAGCACAUUUGCAGCUCUUGGUGUCCUUUAAAGCAGCCUUAAUGAAGUCACUGAUGGCAGCUGGCUCACAGUCCAGCCGGGCUCCGAAACCUCUACAAUCCCAGGGUUCUCCCAGCACUACCAAGCAGGCUCCCACAUUUAAAGCAGUUGGAGACAGUAGCUCAACAUACCCUAUUUUUUUAGCAAGGAGCUAGGUGUGAGGUGCGGGGAGCUGUCUGCCUGCCACUCUGCUGUAACUAAGCCGUAACCCACUGCCGCCUAGCAGUCCCAUUACAAGCUUUUUUGUCUGGAGCUACAUCAGUGGAUUUGUUUCAGGUUAGGCCUAACCAAUCCCAGGAAAGAGGAUUUGGGGAAUGGGGGCGGCCCUGGAAUUUUGACCGUUUUUCUCGGUCCUCUUUUUGUGCUGAGGUAAGGGAAGGGCCCGGGUCACCCGGGGAAAUGGUUUAGAUCCUUAUUUCUCUGCAGAAAUCUUUCAGAGACCAGUGAUGCCAUAUAAGGCUUUUCUCGGUAGCUGCACUGGUUCUGGAGCAGCCACCUGGGGCAGAGGGAUGUACGGGCCGUAACCUCGGAUGGAAGGAAAGCAGAAAAAGAAAACGUCCAGCCUUGUGUGUGGUUGGUUACAGGCUAAGAGGGCAAACCCUGAGUGGUGAUUGCCGUAGCUCUCCAGAUCUGAAUUCCCCGCGUACUAGGCUGUCUCAGAUUCCUGCUGCUACCGUGUUCGCUGUCAGGAGCUGUUGGCACAAAAGGUUGGAGAGGGUUCUGUAAACUAAGCCGUUCGAUGAGCUUGCCAUGCGCUGAUUUAACAAAACAGGGGGCAGGCACCACUCACCCUGCCGUCCCCAAGCCCCAGGAGCAAGAGUGUGUGCGUGGCGUGUCUGUGCACAGCUCACACAGUGGUGAUGCUAGUUAUCCAGAUAGUUAUAUGCUCAGAUACUAGGGUGAAGGACGCAAUAGAAAACCCUCUGAUAGAUCAUCAGGAGACAGCGCGAAAGGGAGGGUAGGAGGGAUUGGGGGGUUUCUGCUGUGGCUGCCACGUUGCGCUGUAUUUUGGUGGUGCUACACGUAGCUCAUACCUCCGCUGUGUGUGUACACAUACAACCACCCAGUGCCUGUAUGUCCUACCAGAGCCCUCGCGUGGCAUCACUCAGCCAUGGUUGGAAAGGGCCCUGGAAUUCCACAGGGCUGAUUUCCAGCCCCCUCCCUGUGGAACGAGUGUUUUACAAAGCACCUGAGAAUUCUCCUUUUAGCCUUCAUUAGCCCACUGAGAGCUAGGUGAGGAGACAAAGCAUUCUGACUUGGCCUGCUCCCUAGACCCCAGGAAACCAAACCCAGGCUGGGAUCUCACCGGGUUUCUGCCCAGAAUGUACCUCUCUUUCCCCUCUCCUUACUCUUUCUUCCCCUCUUGCUCUCCCCCGCCCCCUGCUCUGUCUUUUGGGGUGAUUGUUGCAUUCUCUCAUUUCACUGGAAACCCAGGGAUCCAUCUCCUUUGGAAGCCUCUGCUUGGCAUGUUAGAUCCUCAUGGCUUUAUUAUUUAAAGAAACAAAGGUGCCGAGCCGCUGCCCAGACUCAGAGCAGGUGACCAAAACCUUCUAUAAACUUACAGUUUUCUUUUGCAUACAGUACUGCGAAUCUACAUUGCUGCCUGGGCCAAGGAGGGGCCCACACCAUGCCAGAGGUGGGCUACUGAAAAUUUAAAAAACACCGGCUCGGUUUCUGUCCAUUCCCUUAGAUUGCAAAUAAGGGGCGGAGGGGGGAAAAUAAUGAAGUUUUUAAUUAAAAAAAUAGUGUGUGUAUAUAUAUAUAUAUAUAUAUGUGGUUACAAUCUAAUUCUUGUGCCCCAGUGGGGUGCUGUAUAGUUAACUGAAGGAGAAACAAACCAAUAUUAAAUAUUAAAUGGAUUUACACAGCCAGUGGAAAAUACCAAAUGAUCUGGAAGAAAUUUCCAAGCAUUUCUCACCAAGCAGAACAAUCUUUUGAAGCCUGCACAUCUCUAAUUACGUUGUAAUUUUGUUUUUUGAAUUAAAGAAGAAGAGAAGGAGAAGAUGAUUUAAAAAAAUAAAACAACAAAAAACAAAAACAAAAAAAAUAAUAAAAAAAAGAUAAAAUAAAUACCCAACCCAACCUGAGCCAUCUCCGGAGUUGUGGGACCUGUGGGCUGUUGCAUGACUGUGCUAGAUUUUAGUCUGAGUUGAACUUUUUAAGGAACAAAAACAAAAAACUGCAAGUGUUGAAUACUAGAGGUUCGUUUAGACCUUUUCUUUUACAUUUUGGAAUUAAUUUGUCACUUUCUCAUCAAAGACAAAAAUUAAUUUGACUUCAACGGUUUACUUCUCAAAAUGGUACUCAAAGACCCUUAAAGGACAGCUGUGUGCCAGCGGGCCCCCGAAAGAGACAACAUCUGUUUCGCUUGCUCUCUUGGGAUCUCCUUCAGCAGUUGCGAGAGGGAAGGAAUCCUCAAGUGAAACUGGGCUGUGGGCCAUGAAAAAUUGCUUUGUGGAAACUUUAGAAAAUGAAAGCCAGAUCCUCAGCUGAUGUAAAUGGGCAGAGCUUCAUUGAAAUCAGUGUUUUUUAAGAGAGACGAGGGCACGUUGAUCUAAAGUUUUUCCCGUUCCUCCUCUUUGCUGUGUAGCACUGGUUGAAACAUGUUCAAGGCCAGUGCCACCAACCUGGCUAGGAAUUUACACACAUCACCGUGGUACCCUGGCCGUAAUAAUCCACAUUAGUGGGAAGGGCAUUUCUGUGGUGAGGCUGCUUUAUUAUCUUUAGCCCAAGAAUGACUUGAAUCAGUAACCAGUUGUUUUUAGAUCCUCAAGACGAUUUUAAUGUAGACAAUUUCUAGGCUGUAAUUACACUGCACAUGGUUUUUAAUGAGGUAGAAGGUAUAUAUGGGUAUGAGCCCAAAGGCAUUCUGGACAUGGGUUUUGGUUUAGCUACGCUAGAGACGGGGAUGAGGGGAACAGUGAAAUCUCGAUUCAGAUCUGCAUCCAAAGUUGAGAUGCAGGCCUAUCUCAGCUAGAGAGGGACUCAGUUCAGAUCAGGAGAGUGCAGUUCAGCCUGCCUGCACGUCUACCUGACCUUCCAGCCAUUGGGAGCGAGCUCCUGUGUGACCUCCUCCCUUCAUUGCUGUAGGGACCCAGCUCCUACCUGCAUUUCUCCUUUCCAGUCAGUCUGCCUGAGUCAUUCAUCACCCCGCCCCGCCCCCCACCCUUGUGCUGACAAAUUGUGAGGUCACCAGCCCUAAUCAUUGGCCUCAAUGAAUCAGGCAGGAGGAGCCAGUUGAGAAGGAAGGGAGACCCGGGCCGCUGUUUUAAAUAGCAGGAAAGAAGUGAGCGCAGGUCCACGCUGGUGUGUAACAGGAUAUUGGUAUUUUUAUAGCUUGACUGACACAAGCACCACAUCUGCCUGAGCUGGCAUGAGCCCCUCUGAUGGUGAUAAUGGAGUCCAGGAUUCCCUGUAAGGGCAUUAACUCUGGUCCCGGGAAUAGACACAGCUCCCAGGGCAGGGCAGCCGCCUUCUCUUCCCCUUUCCCCCCACUCAUCUUGGCGUGGCAUUUCUGGCAGGUGCUUUGGAAGUUUAUCAGUUUCUUCCACCAAAGACCCAUCCCAGCCCAUUCCCACCUUGGAGACAGUGGUCCCAUCGCUGCCAGGCCCAGCUGUCGGUGAGGUCAGACAGCGUCUCCAUGACUUGAGAGAUUCUUAAGAAAGGGACCUUUUUUUUUAAUACUCUCCACGUUUGCUAAGUUGUCAGGUGCUACUUUUAGCCUUUCACAUCUAACGCCCAGGGUGCUUGAUCACGCUCAGACUUCUGCCUGGUGCCUCAGAGCCCCCCUCUUGCCCCCAGAACUGGGAUCUUCACCGUGCUCUUCAAACAGGAACCAUGGGAAUGGGACGGGGGCAGCAAAGUGGAGACCUCUGCAGGCUUUGACUCUGUAGGUUCUUCCAAAACAUCCUGCUGGGAAUGAAAACAGGGAGGGAAAUGCUUGCCAGAGCCCACGCCUCCUCAUCUUCUCUCAGCCCGGAAGCCUGAGCCCUUGGACUUUGGGUGGCUCCUGCUUUGCCCGAUGCUGGUGUCGGAAAAUAGACCAUAGGGAUCAAUGCUGCAUUGGCCAAGGGUGGAAAUGACCAUGUGGCUGUUGCCAUCUCGGUUAUCUUCUGAUUUGGGACACUAUUCACACACUUCCGUUCGGUUCAGUUUUAGAUUUAAAAUGCAGCCAAGCCAUGGAAGUGCCCCUCUCUACCCUUCUGUCGAGAAUGAGCCCACUGCCUGCUCUGCAGCUGGCCAGCUCACGGGAGCGGAGUGGCCUUGCUCUGGGGGAUAUAAGCAGAGCUGUGUUCUCUUUGAAGGAACCACAGUGCACAGUUAGCUGUCCUUUAAGAAAGUGGGGGGGGAAACCAACAACAAAAGGCCGAGAACUUUAAUAGUAACAUACAGAGUCCUGAAAACGUUGUGAUUGUUUCAGACUUGAAGCAACUGUGCCAGUGUGGCUGGUCGACACCCUUCGACCGUGUAAAUAUCCUGCUAUUUCCUAUUUUAAUGUUCUUCAGAUUUAGUACUUGUAAAUAAACACGCGCAUCAAGGAGAGAUUAAACAUUUUUGCUAAAUAA